AUGGCUCUUGCACCGAAAUACGCAGGACAGAAGUUCGUGGCGAAUGCCAAGCCAACGACCUUGCAUACACUGGAACUCUGUGAGUAAAGAAUGGAGAUACGAAAGUAGAUGGGUUCUGACCUGAGUGUGGACAGACCUUGAUUAUGUCUGCCCGGUAAAGCAUCUCAGCGCAUUUGAGAGCGAAAUUUUCGUUGACUCGUGUUGUCCUCCAGUUCUCAAAGAAGCAAUUUGACACCGUCUACGAUCAAGUCUUCCCAUUGGUGAGACAGAAGUACGCCGACAAGGUCCAGUUCAUUUUCCGCCAAACAAUUCAACCAUGGCAUCCAUCUUCGACUCUUGUCCAUGAGGCUGGAGUAGCUGUAUUGCAGACUCAGCCGGACAAAUUCUGGGAGUUCAGCAAGGCGUUGUUCGACAAGCAGACAGAAUACUUCGAUACUGAGGUUGUGAACGAAACCCGUAACAACACCUACAAGCGAUUGGCCAAGCUGGCUGGUAGUGUUGGUCUGGACGAGAAGACUAUAUAUUCUAAGCUUGAAAUCUCAGACAAGCCAGGCCCAGAUGGCAGCAAGAACUCUGGCAAUGCUGUCACCAACGAUCUCAAGCCGUUGGUCAAGGUAGGGUCGAUUCGUCCUGUGCUGGGGUUUGUGGCUAAUCAAUCGACAGCAUCAACGUCUCCAAGGUGUUCACGUCACGCCAACUGUUCUUUUCAAUGUACGCAAACGCUCCGCUGCUUUGCAUAUUAACUCAGUUCGGUACUGACUUUUCCUCAAGGGUCUUGUUGAGAACGGUAUCUCAAGCAGCUUCAGCAAGAGCGACUGGGAGCAGUGGUUCGAGAAGAACAUUGUCUGA